GACAUCGCAUCAUGAGAGCAUUCGUUGUAAUCUGCGCCCUGGUGGCCCUCGCCUCCGCUGGUGACGUUGGAAAUGUACGUGAGAAGCGCGGCUUCCUCGGCGGACUCGGUGGCGGCAUUGGCGGCUACGGCGGAUAUGGCGGCGGCUACGGUGGCGGCUCCGGCGGCUAUGGCGGAUACAGCGGUGGUUAUGGCGGAUACGGCGGUGGUUAUGGCGGAUACGGCGGCUCUGUCAUCAGUGCGCCGGCCACUCGUGUUGUUGCCGUCAACAAGGUCGUGAACGUCCCCAGGGUGGUCAGCGUACCUCAAGUGGUCCACGUCAACAAAGUAGUGUCCCAGCCCCAGAUUGUUACCGUUAAGAAGGUUAUCUCCUCUCCGUCUAUCGGCGGCUAUGGCGGUUACGGCGGAUAUUCCGGUGGAUACUCUGGUGGAUACUCUGGUGGCUACGGCGGUGGUCAUGGUGGUUACAGUGGCGGAUACAGCAGCGGAUACGGCAACGGAUGGUGGUGAACUAGUCAUUAACUGUGAAAAAAGUUAGUUAUCAUGUUUAGUUUAUGUAUAAAUAAAUUUUUAUUUUAUCUAAAA